UUUAACUUCAAUCUUUCUUAGAAGAAAUUGAUAAUAUUGUAGCCUUAUUUAGUAGUAAAGAUGUCUCUUAAGAAGUUAAUAAAAGGUGUGCCUCCGGAUGUCUUGCCUGCGGAUGGUUACUUGAAUCGAGACGAAGAUGCUUUAUCUCCUUGUCAGGCGGCAUGUACUACAAGAUUUGGUCAGACUUUACAAAUAGAACAGGAUGAAUACUUAUUACGUCACCCUGAGGUACACGCUAUGCUUGAAGUAUUCAUUAGUAAAAUGGUGCAAAAAAAUAAGAGAAAAGGGAUACUAAAAGAAGCUGCUGAGCAUUUUUUAAGACCAGCCGAUGAACUGAUGAGAGAAAUAGAAGAGAUCAUUUUCCAGUCACCAGCAGAGAAAAAGCAGUGGACUCAGCCUCCUUACAAUGAUAUUGAACUAAGAGAUGAUAUAAGAAAAAUCAUAACAUCACAUUACCAACCGGAACCUCAAAAAUGGCGUACUCCUUCUCUAUCGACCAUUGACACAGAAUCAUCCUCUUUUCUUUCAGACAUGACGUCAGAUACCACGUUGGCAACACCGGAACCGAUACCAACACCAGAACCGACUUUAUCAGAGACUCUCUUGAAUUUAGUCUCAAAUACAGUUGAUAAGGCAAUAUUUCUCCGUGUCGAUGACGAAGCUCUGAACUAUGAUACUGCAUAUAUAGAACUUUCGAAAGCAGUAGAAAAUGCGAUGGAAAUACCAGUGACUGAAAUAAAAAAGGAUAUUCUAGAACUCUUUAAUAAUGCUUACGAGAAGUUUGAUUUUAAUAUCACGGAAAAGGAACGUAUUGUUGCUGCUAUCGCUUGGGAAAAAAGAAUGAGAAAGAAAAUGAAAAGAACUUUGAGGCGUCUAAAUAAUUUUAAAGGUUACGAGACGCCUCCAAGUCCUAAAAGCGAGAUCUCGUCCCAUGAGAGUUACAAAACACCACCUCCUCGUCCUUGCGUGUGUCAUCCGCAGUUUAAAUAUAACAGAUAUCCGAAGGAUCGAUUCGGCAUAUACUUACCAAGUGAAAAGAUAUUUAGCAGACGAAACGUGACCGUAACACCGGCUGUAUCAGAGUCAAGCGACGAGGAAAAUAAAUAAUUAAAAGUCAUUAUAAUAACGCUUAUAUACUGCAAACAAUAUAGUUUAAAGAA